CAUGAAGCACCGCUCUGCGCAGACAAACUAUAAGGUGUUUUACGAGAGAGCCUGCCUCUUUAUGCAAAACAGCAAGUUUUCUUACUCCAUCUCAUUGGUGCAAACCCUGCCAGGAAUAUGCAAAUGAGACGUCAGCCUAUCCAAUAAAAAGAAGCGUCUUGACUUCGACGGAGUCAGUUUGAGGGUUUUUGUCUCUGAGAGUGAGAGCUUGUCUUCUUCGAUUGAAAUGGCUGAUUAAGACGUUGAGUGAGUCCACAAAUAGAACGAGAAACGAGCUCCCAACACACCAGUAGUCUGCACCCGGACACUACAGACACGGGUAAAGAAGGCGAGAGCGGCCAAAACACCGAGGGGGAGCCCUCUGUCACCAUGCAGAUGAGCAACGCGGCGAGGGAGGCGAUGAUGGUUAUAGACGGGGAGCUUCUAGCCGAUCGAGAGGUCGUCCUCCGGAUCGUCAGGAAGCAGCGGGAGGUCUUAGAAGGAGAAGAAGGGAAACAAGUCUUCGCUCUGGCUAAUGAUCCGACCAAACCAGGCCUGGUGGUUAACCUCAAGCGCGCCAUCGUUAAGACGGACCGGAUGGUACUGGAAGAGCUGGGGUUCGAUAAACACAUCAAAGAUUGGAGUAAAUUCCACGGCAUGCUGAUGCCUAUUGUGGCCAGAUAUAGGAAUGAUCAAGAGAUUAUGAACGUACUGAAGUAUCUAUCCCCCAAGACACCGCGCAUGAUCGAUGACGUCAAGGUCAACGGUCAACGACCUGAUCUUGACCUCAUUACGAUGCGCUCCCAACAACCAAUGCGCAUGUCCGACUUGCACCUUCAUAAAGACAGACCGCUCGUCAUCAUCGCAUCAUCAAUUUCCUGACCUCCAUUUCAGGCCUGUGUCCUGGGCGGUUCGCUAGCCCAGCUCUUCCGCGAGUAUAAGGACCGGGCCGACUUCCUCUGCGUGUAUCUCGCUGAGGCCCACCCUGCGGAGUACUUCAAUCUCAACACAACCUUCAAAGUACCAGAUCAUCGAACGGUGGCUGAAAGAAUAGCCGCUGCCAAUUUGCUGUUAACAGCAGAUAAAGAACACCAUCGCACGUUUACAGACGACCCCCUCGAUGACAGCCUGGUCCGAAUCGUCUUGGACACCAUGACAAACAGCUUCGCUCAGACGUACAACGCACACCCAGACAGAAUGUUUGCCUUUGAGGGUGACAAAGUAGCGUACAUCGGCGACAACAUCGGGAAGCAGAUGAUGGAACCUAGCGUACUCAUGACUGAUAACACACGGGGAUGGUUGGAGAGCUACUUUGCCGUCAACGGAAGAUAGCCCAUCGCUCUUUAUUUAUUGAGAUGUGUACAUAUAUAUAUAUAGCUGUAAACAAAUUGUUAUUGUAU